AUGAGCAGCCCAAAGAGACGUAUCGAGACGGAUGUAGACUUGCGUAGGCUGAUGAGCGAUUAUGAAGUCACUCUGGUCAAUGACAAUAGUACGCAAGAAUUCUAUGUGCGAUUCAAGGGUCCUGAAGAGACACCCUUCGCCGGGGGUCUCUGGAAGAUCCACGUCGAACUCCCCGACCAAUACCCCUACAAGAGCCCCAGUAUCGGCUUCGUGAAUCGGAUAUUCCACCCCAACAUCGACGAGUUGUCGGGCUCCGUAUGCCUGGAUGUCAUCAACCAGACCUGGUCACCAAUGUAUGACAUGAUCAACAUCUUCGAAGUCUUCCUUCCGCAACUUCUCCGCUACCCGAACCCCACCGACCCGUUGAAUGGCGAGGCUGCUGCGUUGCUGAUGCGGGAGCCGAAGAGUUAUGAUGCAAAGGUGAAGGAGUAUGUCGCCAAAUAUGCCUCGAAAGAUGCUGCCGACGAAGCCGACGAAGAAAGCGACCUUGACGACGAAAUGAGCUCCGUCGGUAGCUACGCGUCAGGCGAAGACGAGGAGCCCGCUGGCAACAUGGAGGAGAUCUAGCCUCCCCUCAUGCCCUUUCCACUUUGGCGUUCAUUCUACAUAUAUCCCCAGCAUCUUACGAGGCACCAGCGUCAGUGUGUCUCGAUUUCAGCUCGAGUCCGUCUACAGCCACACUACCAUAUUCCCUUUCUUCGUGAAUAGCGGCAACGCACGAUUUGCGUUCUUUCAGCUCGGCCCACGGGUUCUAGGCGUU